AUGGCCAACGAUGCAACCAACCACAGACAACUGGCACCCCAUCCAGCCAACCAGCAUCUCAACCAGCCAGCCAGCAUCUUGGCCAACAGGGCAAUCAACCACAGCCAACCAGCACCUCAACCAACCAAUCAGCGUCUCAACCAGCCAACCAACCACAGCCAACUGGCAUCUCAACCAGCCAACCAGUGUCUCAACCAGCCAACCACCACCUUGGCUGACAGGGCAACCAACCACAACCAACCAGCACCUCAACCAGCCAACCAGCACCUUGGCCCGCCAGCCAACCCACCACAGCCAACCGGCACCUCAACCAGCCAACCAGCAUCUCAACCAGCCAACCAACCACAGCUAACCAGCCCCUUGACCAACCCACUGCAGCCAGCUGGCAGCUCCACCAGCCAAUCAGCAUCUUGGCCAGCGAGGCAACCAACCAGAGACAACUGGCACUGCAACCAGCCAACCAGCGCCUCACUCACAUAA